UGACGCAGCCGGUGCCGUGCCCGCGCUCUGUGUGUGGGAGUGCGCGCUCCCGGGUACCGCUCCGUUAUUAUCAGUCAGAGAGCGGCGGAGACCGGACACCACCCACCCCGGGACCUCCCCUCCCGCCCGGCCAGCCGAGCCCCCAUGUCCCGGCUCUGCUCCUGAUCCCCCUGUGCCGCCCUCCCCCGCAGCAUCUGCCCCAGCCGUCCAUUAUCUGCCUCCAGCAUCUGCCCCCUCCAUCACCUGACCCCAGCAUCUGCCCCAGCCGUCCAUUAUCUGCCCCCUCCAUCACCUGACCCCAGCAUCUGCCCCAGCCGUCCAUUAUCUGCCCCCUCCAUCACCUGACCCCAGCAUCUGCCCCAGCCGUCCAUUAUCUGCCCCCUCCAUCACCUGACCCCAGCAUCUGCCCCCUCCAUCUCCUGCCCCCAGCAUCUGCCCCCUCCAUCACCUGCCCCCACAUCUGCCCCAUCCAUCACCGCCCCCUCAUUCAUUGUAACCCCCCAGGAUCUGCCCUCCUGGUAUCUGUCAUCAGGCAAUUUGCCCCUCAUCCCUCCCGCCGCACCAUGAAUUUCCCCCCACCGGGGCUGUCAGGGAGCCCCCAGUCGUCCCUCACCUCCCAGGUGUCCGUCUCCGGUUCCUCUGUCUCAUCCCAAUUUGGGACAGGUCCCCAGUUUGGUUCUGGACAAGUGUCGGCGACCCAGGCAGCCGGAGCCCCCCCCUACGUCCUGUCCAACUCGGUGGCCAUCAGGGCAGAGAUCCAGCGCUUUGAGUCGGUGCACCCCAAUAUUUACGCCAUCUAUGAUCUCAUUGAGCGAGUCGAUGACUUAGCCCUGCAGAACCAGAUCCGGGAGCACGUCAUCUCCAUAGAGGACUCGUUUGUGAACAGCCAGGAAUGGACUCUGAGCCGUUCGGUUCCUGAGCUCAAAGUGGGCAUUGUGGGUAAUCUUUCCAGUGGGAAAUCCGCAUUGGUUCAUCGAUAUCUCACGGGAACAUAUGUUCAAGAAGAAUCCCCUGAAGGGGGCAGGUUUAAGAAGGAGAUAGUGGUUGAUGGACAGAGCUACCUCCUGCUGAUCCGGGAUGAGGGUGGACCUCCUGAGAUGCAGUUUGCUUCGUGGGUCGAUGCCGUUGUCUUUGUGUUCAGUCUUGAGGAUGAGAUCAGUUUCCAGACAGUAUUUAAUUAUUACGCACGCCUGUCCAGUUACCGCAACACGGCUGAUGUUCCCAUGGUCCUUGUGGGAACGCAAGAUGCCAUUAGUGCGACGAAUCCCCGCGUUAUCGAUGACUCGCGAGCACGGAAACUGUCCAAUGACUUGAAGCGAUGCACAUACUAUGAGACGUGUGCCACGUAUGGGCUGAAUGUGGAGCGUGUUUUCCAGGACGUGGCGCAGAAGGUGGUAGCGAUCCGGAAGAAGCAGCAGCUUUCCAUUGGUCCGUGCAAGUCGUUACCCAAUUCUCCGAGCCAUUCCUCCGUGUCUGCGGCCACCAUUCCGUCCAUGCACAUUAAUCAGGCCACUAAUGGUGGAGGAACGUUCAGUGAUUAUUCGUCCUCCGUCCCCUCCACGCCCAGUAUAAGUCAGCGCGAAUUACGUAUUGAGACCAUCGCUGCCUCCAGUACGCCAACACCAAUCCGCAAGCAAAGCAAACGCCGCUCCAACAUCUUCACAACUGGGACGUUUCAGAGGCUUCCACUGGCUCCCCUGCCGCCUCCUCAGAGCCGCGUGUCUGUUCUCCGCAAGUAUCUGACUGCUCACUCUACCAACUGCCCCUGAGUGGUGGCCUUACACCCCCAUCUUCCCUCCUGAACGGAAUUAUACGGGACGCCCCCUCCUCCUCCUCCGUGCCUGGGCAGGGGGCGCUCAGUGCUGGAGACCCUCUCAGUUGGACAGCUGCUCUCCACCCUGCAGCCUGCACGGACCAACCUCUUCCUGACAUAGUCCUGGAUAACACAUGGAGACUGGGAUGUGGGGGAUCCACGUGGGAACCCCCAGCCGCACCUUCCCCACCCUAUUGACAUGCUGCUGUUUCUUCCUGUCUGAAUGUAACCCUCGUGCUGUGUAUCUCCAUGGAAGCAGUUUUCUGGAGCCAGCGUUUUGCGGAUUGUAAAUGUACUCUUGUACUUUUCCUGCACCCUCACUUUAUCUAGAACUCCGCCUGUACAUAGAGAGAUCUAUCUCAGACUCGCCAGCCGUCUCUAAUGCUGUUUUGUACCAGAUUUCUUCUUUUCAUUCCUCGAUUCUGUUCUGGUGACAGUCUGUAACUAAAUAAACUGGUUGGAACGGA